AUGUACGUUGGAGUUGUGAGAUUCGGGGCGGCGCCCCCUCUGCCCCGUACCGGGCAGAGUAUGCUUGGGCAGUACUGCUCAGGCGGGGUUGCUGCUGGGGCUUUGAGUUCUGGGGGAUAUAUUUGCAUACGCCUGUGCCAUGAUCCUGCAAGGACUGCCGGCUUUGGGUUUUGGGGAAUAUGUUUUGUUUACAGCGCCAACCGUCUAGCAUUUGUCUCCUCGUACGAGGGGACAAUUCCAACGUACGUUGGAGUUGUGAGAUUCGGGGCGGCGCCCCCUCUGCCCCGUACCGGGCAGAGUAUGCUUGGGCAGUACUGCUCAGGCGGGGUUGCCGCCGGUGCUUCGAUUUCUGGGGAAUAUCUUUAUUUACGCCAGUUUCAAGGACUGCCAGCUUUGGAUUCCGGGGAUAUACUAACAUUUGCCACACCGAUAGUCUAG